AUGUCUAGUAUACGCUUUAUUUAUGGAUUUUUUCUUCUUGGAUUAUGUUGCACCGUGUGUGCUAUUGACUUUAUUCAAAUUGAAAUAACUCAAGCACCGCAUAUAAUUGGAAAUUUUAGUCUUAAAUUCAAUAUGAAUGGUGAAGAGGAACCAUUAAAGUUCUCUACUAUUCAAGUGAACAGUGCUAAUGGGGGAGAAUUCGAACUAUUAUUAACAGGUCCUGAAUGGACGCUAAAUUUCAAUUUCACUAAAUAUCGUGAGAAUACUUCUUUUGUUAUUCGUAAUAUGAAAAUAACAAAUGGAAAUAAGUCGUUUCUGGCUGAUCCCUCUCCAAAAUUCAUGACACCAUUAACGAAAAAAUUCGUCUGUUCAUCUAAGAUCGGAAUUAUAAUGGGAAAUAACACCAUUCUCUACAUGGCAAAUACAACUUUGCAAGCAUUUAAUGUGGAACCGACCGGCGGAUUGAUCGGAAUUCUGCGAGGAGUUGAUUCUGCGGGAAUGGUAGUUGACGCCUCGGGUAAAGUUUAUGAGAAAGAAGGAGUAGAAGCUAUUAAUUCCUGCUUGACACUGCUCAACCUAACGUCGAGUAAAGUCAACUCAACUUAUGAGAAAUUAUGGGAAUCAAUCCCCUCCUACCGUUUCAUUGGCCUCUGUCCAGAAAACAUAUCCAUGGUUGGGAGUCUGGUGGAAAUGCAAUCUCAUCUCAGCUUUCUUUAUGUGGAUAAGAAUGGCGAGAAGCGUUGUCGGAUUGUGAUAAUUUCACCAAGGACACCGUUUUCAGCUGAUUUUCUGGCCAUGGUACCUCGGAAUGCAUCACGUCCAACUAACAUUUCGGAAGUAAAGGAGAAUUAUAUGCGCAAUACUACCAGCACGCCUAUAAUCUCCGAGUCGAAUAUGACCUACUGUGACAAUAAAACACGAAAAAUGGGUUUUUACUUAGAUCCCAUUGAUAGAAAAGACCAACCAAUGAGAAUCGAACUCACUUGGCGACGCAAACCGGAGUACUAUGAAGAUAGCGAAUUCGGGUGGAGUAGUGUUGGUGCCCAUUUAGGAGUCCUCUCGGGAAUCUUCAGUCUGGCUGAAGUCAAACUUCACUUCAAUGGGACUUGGCUGCACGAUAGUUAUUCGGAUUUCCGAGUUACUUGCGGGGAUGAUAUACACGCCGACCACACAAUAACCAUCGCAAUAGGUUCCACGGUUUGUGCAAUAGUGCUUAUUUCACUGAUUGGAAUAGUGCUGACUCGUCUCUACGAUCGUGACAAGGAGAUGCAGUCCUACGAAGUGGAAUACUGCAAAAUGACCGAAAAAGGUCUCCUUAAAAUGGUUCCACCUCCCGCCUACCAAAGAUAUGAAAUGAAAACCCUCAACAAACAUAAACCAACAAAAAUAUAG